AUGUUGGAUGAAAUGAAGUUGUUGAGACAAGAAGGUGAACCGCUCGAUGCACGACAACCUGAUGGAAGCACAUAUUUGCAUGUAGCGGCAGCAAAUGGAUACUUCGAUGUGGCAGCGUUUCUGCUAAGAUGUGGUGUGUCGCCGUGUGUUCGUGACAAUGAUCUCUGGAUGCCAGUGCAUGCGGCCGCAUGUUGGGCACAACCCGAUUUGAUUGAGUUGUUAUGUGAAUACGGUGGUGAUAUCAGUGCGAAAACGAACAAUGGCGAGACACCUUUAGAUCUCUGUGAAGAUUCUACAACACGAGCCGUGAUUGUGACCAUGCAACAGCAAGAAGCACGAAAGAAACGACAAGCGUUCGGUGUUCGAGACAGUCGAAGGCAGUCCAGAAAACGGAAAAAAUUCGAAUCACCUCAGCAACCAACCGCAAACACGGAUAAUCCGUUCUCGGCUCGAGGUGCCAUCAGACGUCUCUCAUUGCGCGAUCGAUCCGGAAUGACGUUGGCACGACUGGAGGCACAGAAAGAACAAAAUGAUCUGUUGCGAUCGUGGAGUAAAGAGGACGUUUCAACGAAUGAUGAUAUGACACCGUCAGUGUGUAGUCCUGCGUCUGGCAGCCAGCAAGACAGUGGACUCGUACAUACUGGAAGUGGACAAUUCGUCAAUCACAGACGUGAUAGUCCCAACAAAAAG